AUGGUUCCAGAUCGGUUUCAGGUUGUUGGUCCAGAUGGUCCUCUGGUUGUUGGAGCUGGUGAAGAUGUGAUUCUGCCCUGUUCUCUCAAACCCAACAUCAGUGCUGUGGACAUGAGAGUGGAGUGGUUUAGACUCCUCACAUCAGACUCACUGGUGCAUUUGUACAAAGAUGUUGUGGGAACCCAGCCAGUGAUCUCUAUGGAGGGCUACAGUAUUGGUAAAGGGGUCAGUCUACUGUGUGAAACAAAUGACUGGUGGCCUGAACCUGAAGUUAUGUGGCUGGACAGUGAUGGAGACCUUCUCCCUGCUGAAGAUACAGAGACACUCAGAGACCCAGAAAGAUUCCAUGUUAAAAAACGUGUCACUGUACAAGACAGUAACACCAACAGGUUCUACUGCAGAGUAAUACUGAGAGAUCAUAUGAAGGAGACAGAGAUUGUUAUAUCAAAACAUACUGAGCAGAUACAAGAAGUGGAUGUGACUCUGAAUCCUGAUACAGCAAAUUCCUACCUCAUCUUGUCUGAUGAUGGGAAACAAGUGAGAAGUGGAGACGUAAGACAGAAUCUCCCUGACAACCCAGAGAGGUUUGAUGACAGUGUUCAUUCUGUCCUGGGAAAGGAGGGGUUCUCCUCAAGGAGAUUUUACUAUGAGGUGCAGGUCAGUGGGAAAACUGACUGGAGUUUAGGAGUGGUCAGUGAGUCCAUUGACAAGAAGAAGUAUCAUUCACGAAACCCCAAGAAUGGAUACUGGACCAUGAGUCUGUGGAAUGGGAAUGAGUAUAAGGCUCGUGCUGAUCCCGAUGUCCCCCUCUCUCUGAAACAGAAACCCCAGAAGGUGGGGGUGUUUGUGGAUUAUGAGGAUGGUCUGGUCUCCUUUUAUGAUGUGGAGGCCAGGUCUCUUAUUUACUCUUUCACUGAUCAGUCUUUCACAGGGAAAAUCUAUCCAUACUUCAGUCUCUAUUACCAUGAAGGAGGCAAAAAUGCAGCUCCACUGAUCAUCACUCCUGUCAAUCAAACCCAAUCACUUCAUUAA